AUGGAUUUAGAUAGUGAUACAGAAACAUCAUUAACAAACCAACAUAUAUUUGAGUUAUAUGAGUUUGAUGAAGAUAACUUAGAAGAGGAGUUUGAAGCAACCAAUAAUAUUGAUGAGUCCUGUGAAGAUAACUUACAAGAGGAGGUUGAAACAAACAAUGACACAUUGUAUAUUGCAGAAAAUGUUGAAGCAGAACCUAGAGAAAAAAAGAGAUUAAGAAUCUUAAGCAAUGAAGAACGCAUGUAUAUUUAUCAUGAGCUACUACAAAAAAGCGUUGAUGGAAAAUUACGUAAAGGAGCUACAAAUGAGGUGGCUUCAUCAAAUUCGGUUCCUCUAAGAACUGUUCAACGUAUUUGGAAAAGAGCAAAAGAAAGUGAAACACGUGAUGUCUCUCAUAGGAAGACAAAAAAUUGUGGACGUAAGAGAAUUUCGAUUGAUGAGAAUCAAAUUCGUGAACUUCCUUUCAGUCAAAGAACAAACAUUCGAUCUUUAGCUUUUGUGUUGAAAACCAAUCCAACAUCGGUGUUCAGGCUUAUAAAAUCAGGGGCUAUACGGCGUAAUUCAAAUGCCAUAAAACCACUUUUGAAAGAAGAAAACAAAAUAUCUAGGCUGGAAUUUUGUUUAUCAAUGCUUGAAGGUACACCACAUGAUCCAAUGUUUAAGAGCAUGCACAAUAUUAUUCAUAUUGAUGAAAAAUGGUUUUAUAUGACUAAAAAAUCCGAGAAGUAUUAUUUGCUCCCAGAUGAAGAUGAGCCAUAUCGGACAUGUAAGAGCAAAAAUUUCAUUGCCAAAGUUAUGUUCUUAGUUGCUCAAACUCGACCACGAUUUGACUCAGAAGAAAAUGAAACUUUUUCGGGUAAAAUUGGUGUUUUUCCGUUUGUUACCCAUGAACCGGCUAUAAGGUCAAGUAUUAACAGAGUUGCGGGAACAAUGGUAACAAAAGCAAUAACUACGGUAAAUAGAGAUGUGGUAAGAUCAUUCCUUAUUGACAAAGUUCUACCCGCUAUAAGAGAAAAAUGGCCAAGAGAUGAAUUUGAGUCAACAAUAUUUAUCCAGCAGGAUAACGCAAGGACGCAUAUAAACCAUGAUGAUCCUUUAUUCCGUGAAGCUGCCACCAAGGAUGGGUUUGAUAUUCGUUUAAUGUGUCAGCCUGCAAACUCUCCAGAUUUGAAUAUCUUAGACCUUGGUUUUUUCUCGGCUAUACAAUCAUUGCAAUACAAGGAAGCACCGAAAACUAUUGAUGAACUUAUCAGUGCAGUGGUGAAGUCAUUUGAAAAUUUUCCUUCAAUUAAGUCCAAUCGUAUAUUUGUAUCAUUGCAACUAUGCAUGAUAGAGAUCAUGAAAGAGAAAGGUUCCAAUAAAUAUAAAAUUCCUCAUGUAAAUAAGGAAAGGCUUGAAAGAGUAGGACAACUACCAAUUCAAAUUAAGUGUGAUCCAAUAUUAGUACAAGAAGUCAAAAAUUACUUAAACAUAGAGUAA